AUGACCGCCGAUUUCGAAAUGCUCGAGAAGGUGAAAAGUAUGGAAUUGUUGGCUACCAAUUCGACAGAUCGCAUAAUCGCCAAGGCAGAAUUGGAGAGGUUUGUUUUCAUAACAAUAGCAAUAUCGAAGUUGUUGUCACAGGAGUGAAGUUGCAACAAACCACGAAGAGAAUACAAAUUUCAGAGUGACAAUUCACGACUCUUGCAAAUGGAUCGCAAUGACUGCGACAGCCGAACUGCUUCCGAAUCUAUCGCUAAUGUUCAUAUCACUGGGAGGAAACCACGCUCCUGUACGCACAUUUCAUAGAAAUUCCCUAUAAUUCUAAUCAUUUCAGAUUCCGUUCGAGGUAGUUUCAGUCGUGCCGCAGCCCGUCGUCGUGUGCAUUUCCCCUCUGUUCUCAUAUGAAAACUGGCAGAAUCUGAUGGUUUCAUUGCACGUUUACAGGAAAUUCGGUGCCCAUAUGCAUCUUUAUAUUCGAAGUAUCGUGGCGCCGAUUCUUGAGAUUCUGAAGGUUUACGAGCAAGAAAAGUACGUGACUGUGAAGCCGUGGAACAGAAUCAAUCUUCUUAAUCGAGACGAGCGAGACUUUAAUCCGAAUCUGAAUGUGGAGUUCAGAAGUCAGGCUGCUGCUCAAACGGACUGUCUUCUCAGAUACAAAGUAAGAUCUAAUUUAGUAAGUGAAAAUACCAUGAAAGUCUUUCAGGAAGCAGCUGAAUUCGUGGUGUUUCUCGACCUGGAUGACUUGUUGCUGCCCCGAUUGGCGGACAAUUACGCGAGUGAAUUCAGAUUUUGGGCUUCUGAGAAUCCGACCGCCGCUUACUUUAUAUACAUGAAGGAAAACACGAAAACGAAGUCAUGUGAGUGAAUUAAAAAUAAAUAUUCUGAGAAUGAGAUCACUCGCAGACAGAAGAGGCAAUGUGUUCUCCAUUGAGCACAUGCUGCGGAAUGUGAAAUACGAAAACAAAGCGGAGACGGGAAAGAUGAUUGCGAAUCCGUUGAAAAUGAAUAGCACGUGGAUUCAUUGGCCCUACAAAACACUCAAAACUUUCCUGGUUGACGCCCAAAUCAAUUCAAUCACUCAUUUGAAACACGUUGAAAUGGUAAAAGAAUAAGAAACACCCAGAUCUUAAAAUAAGCGUGCAGAUUGACGGAAUGGGAGUGGAUCACGAGCAGAUUCCCCGAUACGAGCCGUCAGUCGGGUUCAAAGACCCGAAGCCGUUGAUAUCAGACAAGGACAUGAAGAUGAUUGAAAAGGACUUCAACAGGUCAGUCUCAUCUCCUCACGUAUUCAUGCGUUGGGAUUCAGAAUGAGCUGGAAGUCAUCUGUGCGACGUCAUCUGCGUAAUCUUCCUGUCAACAUGACCUACACAAAAAUGAUCAGCGACUGCUACACUUCCACGUAUUACGUGUUUCACGCAGCCAAUGAAAACCACGCGAUGUUAUGCCCAGGGCCCGAAAGAUGCGAUGUAACACGCAAACUGCAGCUACUUCGUCAUUGCAUCCGAAUUUCAGAUAUCAAGUCAUAAGACAAAGUGCUGGAACAGCGUCGGAGAGUAUCAUUCCACUCGCGACGGGCAGAUAAUCAACGUGCAUUACGCUGAAAACACUGAAUUUGCAUUGAACAACGGGUGUCAAUUGUAG